AUGACCACCGACCGCUCCGCCCUAACAAGCCGCACCGUCCCAUCCAUGACCCUGGGCGACGGCACCACAGCCACACUAACAGCCCCUACGCCCCCCGCAGACGCCGCAUCCCGCUUCGCCAUCACCGGCAACGCAGUCAUAACCGGCGGCGCCGGAACCCUCGGGCUGACAGCAUGCACCGCGCUCCUCGAGCACGGACUCAAGGGUCUCAUGAUCCUCGACAUGAACCCGUCCAUCGCAGAGCAGGAAAUAACCUCCCUACGAAUUAAAUUCCCCGCCGCGAAAAUCAUCACGGCCCAAGUCGAUAUCACCAACGAGACCAGCGUCGACGCCGCAUUCUCCGAGGCCGCAAGGACCCUAGGGUCCGUCGACAUCCUCUUCUGCUUCGCCGGCAUAGUCGGCUGCGCCGACGCCCUCACCAUGCCGCCGGCGCAGUUCCGCAAAGUCCUCGACGUCAACACAACGGGCGCGUUCAUCUGCGCGCAGGCGGCCGCGAAGCGAAUGGUGUCGCAGGGCACAGGCGGAUCGAUCACCUUCGUUGCGUCGAUCUCCGCGCAUAGAGUUAACUUCCCGCAGCCGCAGGUUGCGUAUAAUGUGUCGAAGACGGGGUUGCUGAUGAUGAAGAAUAGUCUUGCGGCGGAGUGGGCGCGGUAUGGGAUCCGCACGAACAGUAUCUCGCCUGGGUAUAUGGAUACGAUUCUGAAUGAGGGCGAUGGGUUGAUCGAGCAUAGGCGGAUAUGGGCCGAUCGGAAUCCGUUUGGGCGUAUGGGCGCUCCGCAGGAGUUGGCGGGCGUUGUGGUUUUGCUUGCGAGUCCAGCUGGGGGGUAUAUUAAUGGGGCGGAUAUUGUUGUUGAUGGUGGAGGGGUUGUUUUCUAG